CACGCUUCACCCGCUCCGCGCGCUCGACCUCAUGCCGCCCCCGCUGCUCAGAUCGAAUCCGCUGUACACAGAGGAAGAGGAGCAGGAGGUAGUGAUAAUCGUGGACUCGCUGGACGACGCGCCCGAGGGUGAGGGACAGGAGCAGCCGCGGGUGCCGCGCAGAGCUCCCUCGACCUCAUCAGGCUACGGCAGUGGCGCCGGUAGCCACGGUCGCGUCUCGCCGUCGUUGCCGAAAGGCGAACAGUACCCAGUGCCAGCUCGCCUGUCUGACCAGCUGUGCGCGGGCGCGGACAAAUCCGAUGGCUCCCACACCACGUCGGACUCCGACAGCCCCGUCUGUACCCUAUCCAGGAGUCUGAAGGAGGACAUCAGGUCGUGUCUCGGAGGAUGCAGAUGGGAGAAGGACGUAGGAGACGUAGUUGAGGCGGCUGUGCGGGGCGCCGGCGGCAUUAGCGCUGCGCGGGCGCGACUCCACGCGGCCUUGUUCGCACUGCACGAGUCGCCGCGGGUCCCCAACCGGGGCCCCUCGCUUCCCUACAGCGGGCCUGGAGUGCGACCCGGUGAUGUCACCAUGAUGCCGAAGAACACCGAAAUGUCCCUGCUGGCUGCCAGUGCGCUGUUUACGCUAGAUGGCGCUCGCGGUGAAGCGCUGUCCAGGCGUCUAGCCAGAGGACAAAAGCGAAGGAGGCGAUGCAGAGCAGCAUUGGCAGUGCUAGCUGUGUUACUGCUUUUAGCAGCAGUAGGCGCGGUGGAACUGCUCAUGUCAAGAGGCCAGAGGGUCUUUGGAGCUGUGUUGCGUUGAGAGAAGAGAGAACGAAGGAACUUCUACCUUAUUUCCAAGUCUUUAUAAGUUGUAGAGGUACGAUGGCCGUGCUAGCUAUCUUAUUGCUUUAAACAGCAGUAGGCGCAGUGGAACUACUCACGCCAAGAGGCCAGAGGGUUUUCGGUGCUGUCCUGCAAUGAGAGAGUGAAUGAAACCCUAAUUACUAUUCACGUCCAUAGGUUAGAGUAGUUUCUGAGCAGUGCUACAAAAAGAAUGCAAGAAAUAUCCUAUAUUCUUUCUUCUAUGAUGUUUAUUAAAAUCUUUUGAACGGGUUGCAUAGUUACCAGUUAGAGUCACAAGCUCUUGGAAGUCUUUUCAUGAGAAUAGGUGCGAAAACACUUGAGAUAAUUUCUGACAUAACGCUUUUCGGCGGGUGAUAGCUUUACCAUCGAUCAUUAUUUCCGUACCUGAUCAUUUAUUAAAGUCCCCACUGCUGGGUCACAGGCCUUCCCUAUGGAUGUAAUAAGGAGAUUGGGCCAUGACCCACCACGGGGGCCUAGUGCGGAUUAUCGAAAUUCCGUACCUAAAGGAUGCCAAACAAAACCCUAAUAAUAUGCCUCCGCUAUUUGUCUGUCACAGGACACUAUCCCUUGAACUGCAAUAAGUAGACACUUAAAAUGGUUGUUUUCACAAGUCCGCCUCGAACUUGAUCGUUUUUUCUAGUAUUGAGGUAAAUAAUAUGGUUUUC